AUGUCUCCACGCCAGGUGGAUGCACAUCCCUCGAAGCUGUCGCAUCUGCUGCAGGCCUUGCAAGUCUCUGCCGCAGUCACGGAGCACCGCGGCCUGGCCGUGCCGCUGGGCGGCUUCUAUACCGAGCUGGGGUCAGUAGGGAGAUUCUACUUGCUGCAAAGUUUUGCGAACUACGACUCUCGAGAGCUGAGCUUGCAAGCGCUGGCUUCUACGGAGGAUGUGCUGGAUGCUACACUGGAGGUGCAGAGACAGUCAAAGGCUUUGAGGAUCAGUAUUUUCAUGGAACCCACUGAUGCCUUGGAAAAAGCUGGGCUCCAGCAGGGUCUUUUGGAUUUUUCUCCUCAAGGUGGCCGAGGUGAUGGCGAGCGACCUGUCUAUGAACUGCGAACGUAUCAGUUGAAACUGGGCUACACCACAGUUCCGAGCUUUAUAGAAAAAUACACGACUGGCCUGAAAGACAAGCUUGAAGCCGACCAAACCGGCCAAUCUCAACUUGUGACCCUCAUGUACAGCGAGUCGGGGGCCGCUCCUUUGAACACUGUGCAUGAGCUGUGGCGGCAUCGCUCCAUGAAGGGCAGCCAGGAGUCACGUCAAGCUUCACGUGCUGCCAGCGGCUGGAAGCAGGCUAUUGCUGAGAUUGCUGAUUUGGCGAUCACUUUUCACAGCCAAUACUUGCGGCCGAUUCCUGGUAUUGGUCGGUUGCAGUAGUUCGCCCUCGGCAAAAAC